GUGGUUUAAGAACGCCAAAAGUGUUGGUAAACAAAACAUCAAAUUCAAAUCAGCGCAACGACUAUACAGCAGUGAGUGCAGAAUCUCUUCUUUUGCUCAAAAUUCCUGCGAAUUAAAAUGUCAUCGAAGUGGAUCAGUUUAUCCUGCUCUCCUAUCCAGUUGAGCACAACAUUAACUGGCGGUCAAAGUUUUCGGUGGAAACGAUACAACACUGACGGUGACACUGAAUCCAAGUCAUUCAUUGGUGUGAUGGCAAACUGUCUGUGGCUGCUGAAGGAAACCGACACAACAGUUCAGUUCAAAGUCUUGGGCGAAUUGCCCUAUCCGACCGGCAAUAAGUUCAGCAUCGUGCGCAUGAAAGUUCCUCCACCGAAACCGACCAAGACCAAGCGGAACGAAGGGCUACUCUACGCCGACGAAUACUACAAGAGUCUGUUGCGAUCGUACUUUCGACUGGACGUUGACCUAGAGAAACACUAUGAGCAAUGGAGUGCGGCACACAGUCACUUCCGCGACGAAGCAGCACGUUUCUAUGCCAUUCGAAUGCUGGACCAGGAACCGGUCGAGAAUUUAUUUUCGUUCAUUUGCAGCCAGAACAAUCACAUCACCAGAAUAUCGUCGCUGGUGGAGAAGUUGUGCUCGAUGUACGGACCGGAGAUUUGCCAGUUUGAAGGUGUGACGUACCACUCGUUUCCCGAUGCACAGAGAUUGUCGAGCCCAGAGGUGGAGGGACAACUUCGAUCCGCGUCGUUCGGUUAUCGAGCAAAGUUCAUACAGAAAUCGGCCGCCGAGGUUGUGGCAAAUGGUAAUUUGGAAUGGUUCCACCAGCUACAGGAACUCGACUACAAAGCAGCUCAUCAAGAACUGACGAAACUAACAGGAAUCGGACCCAAGGUUGCCGACUGCAUUUGCCUGAUGUCGUUGAAUCAUCUGGAAGCGAUUCCUGUCGACACUCAUGUCUAUCAAAUUGCCAAAUUGCAUUACCUUCCCGGAUUGAAGGCUGCGAAAAGUGUCACGGCCAAAGUGUACAACGAAAUCGGCGACAAAUUUCGCGAAGUGUAUGGAGACCUAGCAGGAUGGGCACAGACGGUACUCUUCUGUUCGGACUUGGCGAAAUUUAAGGAAAACGCAGACGAUGGUGUGGCUAAGAAGCGACGUAAGAAGUCGUAGGGCUGGCUGCUUGUUUGGAUUGUUAGGCGUAAAAAUGUUCCGUGUCUUUGUGUUUGAGCAAUAAAUCGAUUUACCGUUUA